GACUAAUCUUUUUUAUCAAAACAAAAUGACUAAUCUACAUUGAGAAAUUUAUAGGGUUCACAAGAUGAAUUUUAAUCUUUUAACCAAAUUUUUUCCAUAGACAAGAGUUAGAGAUCAAAUUAUCAAAUUUCUGACCACCUGCUCAAGAAAUUCAAGAUUCUUACCACUUGAAUUAAUUUUUUUAUUGGUUGUACAUUGAUCUUCUAAAGAAUACUCUUUGGGCGCGUUUGAUCUGUUACUAGACAUAACAACACAACACAUGAUAGAAUAGAAUAGCACGGAACAAACUUUUAUGAUAUUGGGUGUGCAUGUCUUAAUCAAAGCGAGCUAUCAUUAGGAAACCACCUUAGCCUUCAAUUAAUAUUUUUGGAACUAACCUUAGCCGAUCAAUUAAUGUUGUUUAUAAUGAAAAUGAAAAUGGUGGAAAUAAAAUGGUGGAAAUGAGAUUAUAUUAUUCAAAGUAGGAAGAAUGCUAGAAUGCUAUACUCUUGUGUAUGCUUUUGUAUUAUGUACGUGUGUUACUAUUACAUAUGAAUAUAUACAUGCUAGCCAACGGUAAUAAUAUGAAAACAUGGAAAUAACAUUAAGUAACUUUAUGAUGAUUAUUGUCAAACGGUAAUAAUAAUAAUAGAUGAUAUAAGGAAAUAUCAUUAAGUGGUUUUAUGAGUAUUAUUGGGUUUGAUUCCAUGUAUUAGAGCAAUGCAUUCUGAUAAAUUACUUUCCAAUGGUUUGUUUGAUUUGUCUUGAUUUGAUCCAUUAACUAUGAAAUCUUCAUGAUUCUUUACUGUUUAUAUAUUUUAGGAAUGAAAUGGCAGUCACAGUCAUCAAUUGAUGUAAUCUGUUUUACUAAACUUAGCCUAUAAAUAAUGUAAACAGCUCUAGUAGAUCACAUAAUCUAUCAAAUUUUCAAAACACACUGAUUCCAGACAACAAGUAGUAGAAGAUAAUGUUGCUGCAGAGGUUAGCUGCAACAGUGUUGUUUUUUAUCAUAGGAUUUUCUGCUGUGAUUGCAGAGGGAAAUCCUCAUCGGAUUGUUUUAGAUACAGAUGUUGAUACUGAUGAUUUUUUUGCUCUGUUUUACCUUCUCAAGCAAAACACUUCACAAUUUCAAUUAGAAGGAGUGACCAUUAAUGCAAAUAGUUGGAGUGAUGCUGGGCAUGCUGUGAAUCAUAUAUAUGAUUUACUUUACAUGAUGGGAAGAGAUGAUAUUGCUGUUGGAGUUGGUGGCGACGGCGGAAUACUUCCUAAUGGUACCAUACUUCCAAAUGUUGGUGGAUAUCUUCCAAUUAUAGAUCAGGAAUUGACAACAGCAGGAAGUUGUAGAUACAGGCAGGCUAUUCCUGUUGGUUCUGGAGGACGUUUAGAUAAAGAUUCAAACUACGGUAUCAGAAAAGCUUUUCUACCACAGGGAAAGAGAAAAUAUACACCAUUGGAACAACCAACUGCUCAACAAGUAUUGAUUGAAAAAGUAUCUGCAGGUCCCACAACUCUGUUUGUGAUUGGUACAAAUACAAAUGUUGCAAUAUUUCUAAUGAAUAAUCCACACUUGAAGAAAAAUGUGGAACAUAUUUAUAUAAUGGGUGGAGGUGUAAGAUCAAGCAACCCAGCUAGUUGUUGCCCCAAUAAUUCUUCAUCUUCAUGUGUUCCUCCUGGACAGUGUGGCAUUCGCGGAAAUUUGUUUACAGAUUAUAAUACUAACCCUUAUGCAGAGUUCAAUUUCUUUCUAGACCCUUUUGCAGCUUACCAGGUGAUUCAUUCUGGAGUUCCAGUCACUCUAGUUCCUCUUGAUGCAACAAACACAAUUCCCAUCACCGAACAAUUCAUUGAUGCAUUUGAAAAGCGUCAAGACACAUAUGAGGCACAAUACUGUUUUAAAUCCUUGAAAAAUAAUUUUUUGUGGGACCCUUUCAUGACUGGUGUAGCUAUCUCAAUCAUGAGUAAGCCUAACAACUAUAAUGGAGAAAAUGAAUUUGCUGAAAUGGAGUAUAUGAACAUAACUGUAAUUACUUCAAAUAAACCAUAUGGUAUAUAUGAUGGCUCCAAUCCAUUAUUUGAUGGAUUAAGAGUUCCCAAGUUUAAUCUUCAAAAAGGUGGGGUGCAUAGUGGUCACGUCCAACAAGGACUUAGAGAUCCUCUUUGUUUUGUGGAGAAUGGGACAGGAAAAUGCCAGGAUGGUUACACAAAAGAGGUAGAUGGUCCAGACUCUGUGAGAGUACUUGUUGCUACAAAAGCAAAGCCUAACCGAGAUGUUGCAAGUUCACUUGACAAGGAAUUUUACAUAAGCUUCUUAAAUGUUUUAAAUCAACCACAACAAGCAGGGAAAUUCAACUUCACCACACAAUUUCCCUACUACAAAGAAGUAACUUAUAAGCCAGAUUUUCAUGAUAAAUUAUUGGGAAAACCUGUUGUGUUUGACAUGGACAUGAGUGCAGGAGAUUUUCUAGCUUUGUUUUAUCUCCUUAAAGUGCCUGUUGAAGUAAUUGAUCUUAAGGCAAUCAUUGUGAGUCCAACUGGAUGGGCAAAUGCAGCAACAAUUGACAUAAUUUACGACAUACUUCACAUGAUGGGUCGCGAUGAUAUUCCUGUUGGUCUGGGAGAUGUUUUUGCUACAAAUCAAACAGAUCCAAUAUUUUCAUCCGUUGGAGGAUGCAAGUAUGUUAAAGCCAUUCCUCAUGGAAGUGGGGGAUACAUUGAUUCUGACACUCUUUACGGUCUUGCUCGUAAUUUGCCACGCAGCCAAAGAAGGUAUACAGCAGAAAAUCCUGAACUUAGGCAGCCACUAGCUAUGGAAGUUUGGGAGUCUGUAUUGCAAACAUUGAAACCAGGCUCCAAUGUUACAGUACUAACCAAUGGACCCUUGACUAGUUUGGCAAAGGUUGUUUCAAUGAAAAACAUAAGCUCUAGAAUCCAGGAGGUUUAUGUAGUUGGAGGACACAUCAGCAUAAAUGAAAAAGACAGAGGAAAUGUGUUUUCAGUUCCUUCAAACCAAUAUGCAGAAUUCAACAUGUUUCUAGAUCCUUUAGCGGCCACAACAGUGUUCGAAUCACAAGUUAAUAUUACACUCAUUCCACUGAGUACUCAGCGCUUAGUGAGUUCAUUCCCAACGGUUAUAGGUACAUUGCGCGCGACAAGAAAAACACCUGAAGUUUUGUUCUCCGAGCGUCUAUUGUCAACGCUAUACCGUUUGAAGCAAAUAAAUAACCGAUAUCACCAUAUGGACACAUUCCUAGGGGAAAUUUUAGGUGCAGUUGUCCUGGCUGAUAAGUCAUUAACUCUGAAGCCAAAAUUUGAGGUGAAGCCUAUUAAAGUAUUGGCUAGUGGUGAUGAAUCCAGUGAUGGAAAAAUAGUGGUGGAUGAGAAACAUGGGAAGUUAGUCAGAAUAUUAAGCAAUGUGGAGGAAAAUGCUUAUUAUAAUUUGUAUGCAAACAAGCUUGGAGAUCAGAAUCAGUCAGCUAAGAUAGGAAGCUUUGAAGAACAAACAAGAAACUGGAGUCAUCCUCAUGAUGAUAAACUAAUCAAGAAAAAAGUGCUCCAUCCAAUGGUUAAACAUGGCCACGGAAAAGGAUUACACGCCGUAACUGAGUUAAUGCAGUAGUUAUUAUCGAUCAUCCGAUCAACAAUAAAUGAUUAAGCAUGAAAUAAGUGUUCCAUCUAAUGAUUAAGCAUGGCCACAACCAAGUCUUUUUCAUUAAAAACAUGAAUGUGUAUUUUCUUCAAACAAUAAAUAAUUAGCAUAUUGUUGAAUAAUUUAUGAAAGAAAUAAUAUCCGACUACAACAUUCAUACAACUCUUCAGUAUUGUUACAUAACUCAACGAUUUGUUCUUAUGACAUGUGGACUGUCUGUUACAUAAUCCUGUCAUGGUUUAUUUGUGAGAGAUUAAAAAUGAUAUACUCAUACUUUUUAUACAACUACUCCAUUGUUUAUCAAAAAUACUCCUAGAAGAAUAUAAUCAUACUAUAUAAUAAUCAACAUUCAAUGCUAUAAAAUAUUCAACGCUAUAAAAUAUAAUCAUACUUUUUAUACAA